AUGUUUAGUGAGAUGGCAAUAGAAGAAUAUUGUGGAGAAGAAUUGGAGUUGUUUCUGCAAUUAUGGAAUGACGAAUUGGUUUCAUCUAAUACUGAACUCAAAGAAAUUGGGAUCCAUGUGAUAGUAGGGAAGUCAGAUUCAUGUGAUAACCAACAAAUAUCAUCUUCUGUGGACGUUGAAGAGGAGUAUGAGAUUGAUAGCCAAGAGUCUGAGUGGGAAUGGGAUCAUGACAUUGCGAAGCUGCAAGGAACAACAUCUUCUGGUGAUGUUGAAGAGAGGGAUGAGAUUGACAGCCAAAGUGAAACUGAGAGAGUGAUGCUUAAACUAUAUCAUCGUCUUCAUCAUCCCAUUUUGGGUUCAAUUGCAUCCUCUACUAUGGAGCAGUGGAUAACUUAUUUACUAAUGUCCCGAGCGCGAUAUUUCACCCUCAUCUUCUUUCAUCCUUUUAGGCACCAUACGAAAUCAUUCCUGGACCCUCGUCCAUAA